GAACACGGCAGUUGUAUCGAUGCGGCUUUUGCGGCCGAUGGCUGAUAAGCGAUAAGAUUAAAAAUCUAUCAAUUUUUGCCAAGUACUACGCGCUUUCUGGAUCGUAUAAAAGCCCGCGGCUCAAAUUACUCCCUAGACUGUUCGAUCAUCGUCAUUACGAUCACCAGUUUAUCAAAAUGACCUUCGCGAAGGUCUUGCCCCUGGUGGUCCUGCUGGUGUGCCAGGCCACCGCCAGUCCGUUGCUUCGUACGGAAUUGGCCCAACUAAAAUCGUUGGAUCGCGCGGCCGGCGAGGAAUAUCGGCUGCCGAACGACACGGUACCAAUUUCAUACGACAUCGAACUGGACACCAACAUCAGCCCCGACAAUUUCUUAUACCACGGUCGGGCCACGAUAGAACUGACAGUUUUGAGACCGACCGCCAACAUCACUCUGCACUCGGAUCUAUUGACGUACAACGAGAGCCUCGCCACCCUCGAGUCGGAGGACGGGAUCCCCCAAAACAUAUCGAGCCUCAGUUUCGACGAGACUCACGCCUUUCUUAUCGUCUCCGUCGACGAGGAACUCCCAGUUGGAAAUUAUUCCCUCACGCUGUAUUACACCGGCGAAUUGACCAACGACAUGAACGGCUAUUACAAAAGUUCGUACGUCAACGCCGAAGGGAACCGGACAUGGCUAGCCAGCACGCAAUUCGAGGCGACCUACGCUCGCCGGGCGUUCCCGUGCUACGACGAACCCGGACUAAAAGCGACCUUCGACAUCGCCAUAAAACACUAUUCGGAUUACCACGCGCUCUCGAACAUGCCGGUCGCCUCGAGCCUCGCCGAUCCCGCGGACGGGAAGAACUGGACCCGCUUCGAGAGGACGCCGCGCAUGUCCACCUACCUGAUCGCCUUCAUCGUCUCGGACUUCGAGGCCAUCAAGAACUUCGACGGUACCUACAACGUGUGGACGAAACCGACGGCCAUCGCCCGGGGGCGCUGGGCCUUCGACGUCGGCCAAUUGGAACUCGCCGCACUCGAACGUUACACGGGCGUGAACUACACGCUGCCGAAAAUGGACCAGGCCUCGAUCCCGGACUUCGAAGCCGGCGCCAUGGAGAACUGGGGGCUGGUCACUUACAGGGAGUCGAUGUUCCUCUACACCGAAAACGUGAGCACGACGGCUACGAAACAGUCGAUAGCGUCGACCAUCUCCCACGAAUUCGGCCACCAGUGGUUCGGCGACCUGGUCAGUCCGGCCUGGUGGAAGUACCUCUGGCUCAACGAAGGAUUCGCUACUUUCUUCGAAUGGAUAACAACCGACGAGGCAGGUGAAAAUUGGCGGAUGUCCGACCAGUUCGUAAUCAAAGAUCUCCAAUCGAGCGCGUUCGUCGUCGACAGUUCUCCGAACUCCCACCCCAUGAACGUCGACGUAUGGACCCCGGGUCAGAUCAGCAACAUUUUCGACACCAUAUCCUACGCCAAAGCCGGCUGUGUGAUCCGCAUGAUGUCGCACUUUUUGACCGAGUACGUCUUCAGGGAUGGUUUAAAGAAAUAUUUGGACGCCAACGCGUACGGCGCGGCGACGUCGGACGACCUCUUCGCGGCGUUGGAGGAGGCCAAGCGGGAGGCCGGCAUCCUGCCGCACGUCGACGUCAAGGAGGUGAUGGACACCUGGGUGAACCAGAUGGGAUACCCGGUUGUCACGGUCACCAGAAACUACACGACGAGCACCGCCGAGGUCUCCCAGGAGCGUUAUCUGAGCGUGAACGCCACCACGACCGACGACCACGACUACAAAUGGUGGAUCCCCCUGAACUGGGCCUCCGAAGCUAGCCCCUAUUUCAACGAGACCGUCCCCACCAGCUGGAUCCGCGCCCAGGACGAGAGCGUCAUCAAGAGCGGUUUCGACCCCGAGGGGUGGAUCAUUCUGAACAUACAGCAAACCGGCUUCUACCGGGUGAACUACGACGAAAGGAACUGGGCCUACAUCGCCAAGUAUCUGAACAGCGAAUCCUACGGUAAUAUUCACGUCCUGAACCGCGCGGCGCUCAUCGACGACGCACUCAAUCUCGCUACGACGAACCGCGUCUCCUACACAACGGUAUUCAACAUACUCGCCUAUCUCCAACGCGAAGUCGACUACGUUCCCUGGUACGCGGCCUUCACCGGAUUAACUUACAUCGACCGUUACUUGGCGAACACGGAACAGUACGGACAGUUCAGGAUUUUCACGGCGUUCCUGAUGGAGGCCGCUUUCGAGUCCGUUGGAAUCAAGGAGGCGGCGGACGACGACCACGUGACCCGCCUGCACAGGAUCAACGUCGUAAACUACGCCUGCCGAUACGGCCUCCAGGAUUGCAGAGACGCGGCCCAAAAGUCGCUCAACGAUUGGCUCGACGAUCCCGCGGCUAAUCCCCUCUCCUCGGAUUUGAUCAGCAACACGAUCUGCGCAGGAUUGCGCAACGCCAACGCUACCCUGUGGAACAAAACUUUGGAGGCUUAUUUCGCUUCGAAUUCGAGCGCCGAUCAGAGAGCGCUGUUGGUCGGUCUCGGUUGCAGCGAGGACGCGACGAUAAUCAACGAUUGGCUCCACGCCAUCAUAGAUCCCUCGACGAAUCUGAGCACCUCGGCGUCGUACUCGGCCUUCACCUACGUCUAUCAGGGAAGUCCUUACAACGUUGAACGCGCCUUCGAUUUCCUUGAGGCGAACUUCAACGAAACGCUCGAAUACUUCGGUAGGGCGUCGAGGAUCGAAACUUUCGUCGAGGGGAUCAGCUACAGGAUCACGACCGAGACCCAGCAGGCCAAGCUCAAGGCGUUCUUGAACGCCCAUUCGGACGUCCUCGGCAGCUCCUCGAUAGCGAGUUCCUUGCAAUUGAUAGAGACCAAUCUCGCCUGGUCCUAUUCGCAUAUUGGAGAAAUAAACGAUUGGCUCGUCACCGUACUACCGGGUAUAAUAAAUCCGGUGACCCCCACCGACCCUACGCCAACAAGCGAGGAAACUCCGACAACAAGCGAGGAAACUCCGACGACGGAAGAGGACACCGAUGGAAAGGGUGCCGGGUCUGCUUUGACGGCGUCGUUCGGUGUCUUUGUAGCAAUUUUGGCAGCUCUGUACCUCAAGUAGAAUUUGGACGACCCCGUAGAAUCAGGAUAAGGUCGAGAAAAGAAGAAAUUAGCAGCUGCGGGGAAUGAGAUGAAAUAAGAAAAAAAGUAAAAACUCGACUCGGCGGACGGCUGAGCGACGCCAUAUUGGAAAUUCGUUAUACACGGGUAUGAACGAGGAAACCGAGAAACGUUCAAUCACGAUUCGAUCGUGAUUGAUUACAAACAAAUGCCGCUCCAGUCUUACUUGUUUUGUAAACUAUAUCGAUAUUGAAUGACCGUAGGUUAAGAUGAUAGAUAAAUAUAACGUAAGGAAAGAACUUUUUUAAUCACGGA